AUGCCGGACAUGCUCCCCUUCAUCUUUCCUGUCAUGGCCGACUCCUCCGGACAGCUCGGCUCCUGGCUCUCGGGCCUGUUUGCCCUCAUCUACUUCCCCCAGAGCCCAUCCUUUGUCGUGCGCGCAAUAUCGGGCAUGUUUACAGCCGACUGCGACAACGAGCACGGCCGCCUAGAUAGGCCGGCCUCUGCUUUACCUCCCUAA